AUGUAUGAAUGCUUCCUUGAGAUAGCGUUCGAGGCUGAACUGAAUACAAAAGAAGACCCCGAGCUACUUGAACUAGCACCUGAACUAUGCAACGAGGACGCGUCCACCAGGGCCACGGCCGUCACAAAUCUCAGGAAUAUGAUAUUCGAAAGAGCAGAAUGCAAACCUCAUCGGACUGAUGACGCGUUCCUCUUAAGGUUUCUCCGGGCGAGAGACUUCAUAGUACCAAGAGCACAUAAACUUCUAGUCCGAUACUACACAUUCCGGGCGGAAUAUCCCCAUUUGUAUAAAGAUGUCGAUCUAUGGGGCCUGAUGAAAGUCAAGAGUGCUUACGAAGGCUCUAUGGUGGACCGACCUGAUAUAGGAAGACUCUCUAUCUUCAGAUUUGGAACAUGGGAUCCAAACGAGUUUCCAGUAGACGAUCUAAUUCGAACAGGGAUGGCCAUCACUGAAAUUGGUAUUCGUCAGCCCAAGUUACAGAUUCUGGGUGGAACAGUUAUCAUUGAUUUGGAAGGAAUAACACUCAGACACGCGGCAACCCUGACUCCCACCAUAGCUUAUCAGAUAGUCUGUUUAAUGGGGCUGGUAACACCGACCCGUAUAAAAAGCGUUCACAUUAUAAACUACUCAUGGGUUUUGAACACAUUCUUCUAUCUAUUCAAGAAGUUCAUACCUCAAGAUGCUUGGAGUAAGAUUAUUUUCCACGGCAGUGAUUUGAAAUCCCUUCAACAACAAAUCGACCCUGACUGCCUUCCAGCGAGAUACGGAGGUACAUGUAGGAACCACGUACCAAUCGGCGUCUGGUUGCAGAAAAUCAAGAAAUAUCGCGACGAAAAAUUCGAUAGAGAAAUGAAAGCAUUAGGAUACGUAGUCAAAGAAUGA